AUGUUGUCUUUUUCUAUUUCACUUUCCGACUUGCAUUCUCUUUCUUUCUUUCUUUCUUCGUCUCUUCUCCCUUUUAAAUCUCUUUUUUUUUCUAACGUUAUCUUUUACUUUCUCUCUUUCUCUCUUGUACUCUAUCUUUCUUUUCAUCAUUAUUCUCUCCUUAUUCGGCCACAUCUGAUUAGUGUUUUUUUUCCUUCCCUUCUGUCGUCCCUUCUAUUAUUCCAAAUGAACACAAUGAAUACAUAUCUAUCUAUCUAUCUAUCUAUCUAUCUAUCUAUCUAUCUAUCUCUGUUCAUAUCUAUCUAUCUAUCUAUCUAUCUAUCUAUCUAUCUAUCUAUCUAUCUCACUCUGUUCAUAUCUAUCUAUCUCCCUCUGUUCAUAUCUAUCUAUCUAUCUAUCUAUCUAUCUAUCUAUCUAUCUAUCUAUCUCACUCUUUUCAUAUCUAUCUAUCUCACUCUGUUCAUAUCUAUCUAUCUAUCUCACUCUGUUCAUAUCUAUCUAUCUAUCUAUCUAUCUAUCUAUCUAUCUAUCUAUCUCACUCUGUUCAUAUCUAUCUAUCUCACUCUGUUCAUAUCUAUCUAUCUAUCUAUCUAUCUAUCUAUCUCACUCUUUCAUAUCUAUCUAUCUCACUCUGUUCAUAUCUAUCUAUCUAUCUCACUCUGUUCAUAUCUAUCUAUCUAUCUAUCUCCUCUGUUCAUAUCUAUCUAUCUAUCUCACUCUGUUCAUAUCUAUCUAUCUAUCUAUCUCACUCUGUUCAUAUCUAUCUAUCCCACUCUGUUCAUAUCUAUCUAUCUAUCUAUCUAUCUAUCUAUCUAUCUUUGUUCAUAUUUAUCUAUCUCACUCUGUUCAUAUCUAUCUAUCUAUCUAUCUAUCUAUCUAUCUCACUCUUUUCAUAUCUAUCUAUCUCACUCUGUUCAUAUCUAUCUAUCUAUCUCACUCUGUUCAUAUCUAUCUAUCUAUCUAUCUCACUCUGUUCAUAUCUAUCUAUCUAUCUCACUCUGUUCAUAUCUAUCUAUCUAUCUAUCUCACUCUGUUCAUAUCUAUCUAUCUCACUCUGUUCAUAUCUAUCUAUCUAUCUACCUAUCUAUCUAUCUAUCUAUCUCACUCUGUUCAUUAUCUAUCUAUCUAUCUAUCUUUUUCUCUUCUAACCUCUUAAUUUUUUACUCGUCCCUCUUCUCUUGCUUAUUUGAAUCUUCCAUACUCGCUUCUUAUCUAUUUCUUUCGAUUGAGCCCCCAAAAACCCCUAUCUUUUUCUUUCCUUUUAUCACACGCUCCUUUCCACUUAUUUUUUCCUUCAUCCCUUCCUGA